UAAAAAAAAAAGGCUUGAUACCCAACAUAAAUAUAAGAGAGCAGCCUUCGACAAAUUGCAAAACCCCCCCAACAUCAUUAGUCCUAAUAAUUUGCAACUAAUAAGGAAAACAUACACAAAGUCCAUCUUCUUCUUCUUCUUCUUCUUCUUCUUCUUCUUCCACCAUAGCGAAUGAUGAUGAAGGCAAUAUUCUUCUCUCUUCUCCUUAUCCUCCUCUUAUGUGUAAUGAUCCAUCCGUCAUGUUCCGUUGACAACACCCAACUCAACAACAUCUGCUCACAGACCACCAGCCGCUCCUUCUGCCUGCAAGUCCUCAAAUCCGACCCCCGGACCGUCUCAUCGGACUUGAACGCGCUCGGCCAUAUCUCUGUCGACCUCGCCCUGUCCAAGGCCUCCUCUGUCCUCUCCCACGUCCAAUCCCUCCGGCGGAACGCCAGGGAGCCGGAGCUGAAGCGUCGGCUCGAGACCUGCUCCGAAUACUACACCUCUGCCAAGUCCCAGCUCGACGGAGCCAAGAGAAGCCUCAGCACGAGGGACUACGCCAGGGUGGCUAAUGGGGCGGCCAACGCCAUGGAGAUUUCCUUGGGCUGCGAGGACGAGUUCGAGGCCGGGCCCCCCACCGUGCCGGAGCUCAAGCAGAUGAACGACGAGAUGGAAGGCCUAUGCAGCAUCGUGUACGCAGUCGUGGGCUACAUGGGCUAGGAGGGAUAAUAUAUGAUUUGUCGUCGUGGUCGGAGAAGCCACCCGAAUCGAAAUGUCAGGAGUCCUAAGCAUACGUUUUCAUGAGUCGUUCUCAGUUCCUCGUGAAUGUCUGCUGCAACAUAGAGAAUUUAUAUUAGUGGAGAAACAAUUACACAUAAAACAGGUGGUAUUCGAUCACAUAUAUAUCCUUCAACUCCUUAUUACGAACUAAGAGGUUCUGUGUUGGAACUCUUGUCAAUAAGACUUUUUUUUCCCCUUUUUUUUUAACCUUUUCAUAUCCUUCUGUAGAUUUCCGUUGUAAUCAAGAAAUAAGAAUUAUAUAUAUAUAUAUAUAUAUUAUAAUAUAAAAGAGAAAUAAAAAGUGAUCUUUAUUGUGUCGAGUAA